UUCACUUGGUUUGUGUGCUUUUGCACUGGUUUCCUACAAUGCAUACAUACCAACUUGCCUAUCUUAGUGUAUUUAGUAGAAACUGGUAUAUCGAGUUAUUUCACGCUUGCAUGCGCAGUAACACUGUUGUGGAUAGUCCAAAGAGGCUCUGUUUAAAGAAUACCAGCUUAAAUAUUUGAUGGCCGUCUCUCCAUAAAGGCUUUGUGAAAGGACAUUAGAGCUUACAACUAUAUUGCUAUAUGGGGUUGUAUUUUGGUGAAAUAUUAAUGUUCUUUCUUUCGGAAUUUGUUUUUAUAGAGGUAGCCCGAGCCACAGGAGAAAGACUAGGAGCACAAGUCAUUGCAGAAUAUAUUAUGCCCUGCUCUGUGGAUGCAGGCACUGGGCUGCCUCAAGAGAUGGUGCCUGAACCAGCACAUGAUGCAGGCAUUGAUGCUGAUGCUGCUCAUUUCCACCCAGACUACAGCAAUGAGCAAGAUUUGACUGCAUCUGGUGGCAAUGAUGAUGCUCCCUUGGCAGGUGGCCCCAUCAGUGGAGAAUGCUCUGCAUCUAAUGGCAUUGAUAAUGCUCCCUUGCCAGCUGACCCUAUCCGGGGAGAUUGCUCUUCAUCCACUGGCAUUGCUGCUCCCUUGGCCGGUGGCCCCAUCGGGGAAAAUUUUUCUGCAUCCAUGGAGAGACAGCCUGCAGCUGCAGUGUUUACCCCAUGGGUAAACAGCGCAAGUCAACCACCAGCAGGCUUGUUUGAAGUCACGAAUGGCCAGGUAAAAGUUGGGGAAGGCAUGUUCAUGCCCUUCGACAAGUGGACAUUUAUAAUGAAGAACGUGUCCGAUGGCAAGUGUUGUUUGGAACUUGCGAAACAUUUUUGGGCACCCACUGAGGCUGCCACACGCAGCCUAACAGGCCAGGCUUGCCGCAGCAUGGCCACUGAGGUUAAGAAGCUUCCGGCGACACCAGAAAAGGUGGAAAUGGUGAAGAGUAAGUAUAUCCCACAGCAGACAUUCCACUUGCACACUAUUACACAUAUUGCAUCGCACUGAAGUGGCUAUGGUGCUAUGCUGCUGACCAUGAUAGCUACAAGCUUGACUCCUGCUCAUGGCACAUACAUUUCAAUAAGGGAAGAAUUGAAGAACAUUUCUAAAGAACCCUGAGUGGUCAUAAUAAUCGGGAGUC